UUUACUUAUCACCACCGCCCGUGACGUCCUGCCUCCGCGCUCUCUCAAGGAUGCCACGCGAGCCAUGUCUGCUACCGCCAAACCUCUGUCUGCUCCCGCCGCGGCCGUGAAGAAGGACAAAAGCACCCAGAAAGGCGCCAUUCACUAUCCCUUUUGGUUUGGCGGCUCUGCGUCAUGCUUCGCCGCGAGCAUUACCCACCCGCUGGACUUAGUCAAGGUGCGACUCCAGACACAGCCGCACCAUGGCCACCGGCUCAAUAUGCUACAAAUGUUUGCCCACGUCGCCAAGGAUGAUGGGAUAACGGGCCUAUACCGUGGGCUCUCUGCCUCCCUCCUCCGCCAGGCCACAUACAGCAUGACGCGCUUCGGUGUGUACGAAGAGCUCAAGGACCACUUCACGACGCCCACGGCUCCCCCAUCUUUCCUGGUCCUUGUUGGCAUGGCCUCGGCGUCCGGUUUCAUUGGCGGUGUAGUCGGCAACCCCGCCGAUGUCCUCAAUGUCCGCAUGCAGCACGACGCCGCCCUUCCGCCAGAGAAACGCCGCAAUUACAAAAACGCAAUUGACGGGCUGAUACGAAUGACACGCGAGGAAGGGCCCAAGUCUCUGACGCGCGGCGUCUGGCCGAACUCGAUCCGGGCAAUCCUCAUGACUGCGUCGCAGCUUGCGACCUACGACAUUUUUAAACGAUUGCUACUUGCACACACUUCGCUAAAAGAUAACCUCACGACCCACUUCUCCGCCUCGUUCAUGGCAGGGUUCGUCGCCACGACCGUGUGCUCCCCCGUGGAUGUUAUCAAGACCCGUGUCAUGAGCUCCCACGAGCAUAAAGGGCUCGUCAGGCUGGUGACGGAUAUAUUCCGCGCCGAGGGCUUGGGGUGGAUGUUCAAGGGCUGGGUGCCUAGUUUUAUACGAAUGGGACCGCAUACGAUCCUCACGUUCUUAUUCUUGGAACAGCAUAAGAAGAUAUACAGGAACUGGAAAGGGUUGGAGGUGUGAGUACCUUUGCCGCUUUUCUGUCGGUGACUAUCGGGGUAUUUUGUUUCGAUAUCUUAGCGUUGUGGCUUAGACGGUCCUGCGAUUUAGCAUUUCCCUGGCGUUUGCAUGUGGUAGGCACUUCUCCAAGAAUAUCAAUCGGUGCAAGCCAUUGGAUGUUUUGCUUCAUGUGUUUUUUUUAUCUCAACCUUAUGUCCUAGAUGUACAUAAAGUACCCUCUACCACGAAUGGCAUACAAGGGGUAAGUACAUAUCAUCAACUCCACCAACCUCCACCU